UUUUAAUGAUUCAUCUGUUACUGUGUGAUUUCCUCAGAGGUGAAGACGACACCGGUGGAGAGCAAGAAUGGAAAGAAGACGGAGAGCACAGGAGGAGGAGGAGGAGAUGCAGGAGGAGGAGGAGGGGGAGGAGCUAAAUACUCCAUGUUUACCUGGUUUGUGGUCUUGGCUCUGCUGGGAGUCUGGAGCUCUGUGGCCGUCGUCUACUUCGACAUCGUGGAUUACGACAGCGUCAUCGGUAAACUGACGGCCUACGACACCGAUGGAGACGGAGACUUCGACGUGGAAGACGCUAAAGUUCUGCUCGGGCUGAAACAGGCAGAGAGACCAGCUGUGGGAGACUCACCUGAAGAGAGGACAGUUUUAGAAACCAGUGAACAUGCGUCUCAGUCGACCAAUCAACAGGCUGCAGAGCCUCAGGAGGCGGAGCCAGCGGAGGACUCAGCCCCAGAGACUCCAACCGAGGAGGCUGCAUCAGUCUCUGGAUCUCACGAUGUGGAGUCUGAAAUCCAAGCUGCCGUCCCGCUGCCUCCGCUGGUGGAAGACGACUUUGUUCCCGAUGAUCCUCGAGGAGACAGCAGUCAUCCUUACGAGCAUGAAGAUGACACCAUCGACACAAGUGGAGCUUUAGUGGAGGAGACGCCGCCUCAGCAGAGUGAAGGUUUGACUCAUUUUUUUGAAAAUUUGAGAGAGAAAAAAACACCUUAAAAACUUUUCUUUUAG